UUCAACGCCCGUUAUCCGGUCACACUUAUUGUUGCCGACUCAAAAUGGAAACGAUUAAUCCCACAUUCUCGUACCUCACCAAUUUGGAGGUAAUGCAGAUUCUGCAGAAGAUCAAGAGCACCAAAAAGAAGUUUGGCAUGCGCAACUUGGCCACGGUUACCUAUGAGGCUCUACAGUAUCUGGAGGAGUCGCCCUGCAAAACCCAAUCCCGCGAGAACAUCGUCAACUAUGUGAAAGACCUUUCUUCGUAUCGCCUAAAGUCCCACGAGAUCCUGCAAAUGAUCAACGAUCCGCCGACAAGUGCCCUCCACACGCAGCUGCUUAUCGACGACAACAAGGCUCCACUUACCGAUGAGGAGAACGAGAAGAUCAUCCAGCUGAGCUACAAGCACUUUCAUGGAGCAGAAUCUAAGGAGGCCACUAAGGAGACUCCAGUCGAAAAACCUGCAGAGGCAACUGCGAAGACAGCUGGAAAACAAUCUGGGAAGCGUGCUGGCCAAGCCAAGGAGGCAGAAAAGGUAACCGCGGUUAAAGCCACUGCAGCGGAAGAAGCCACUCCAGCAGCAGAGACUAUCCCACCAGCCGAUGCUCCCUCGACAUCUGAAAUCACUCCAGAAGUCACAUCCAACCCAGCACAAGAAGCAGAAAAACCCGGAGAGCAGCCAACGAAAUAACCCAAGAGCUUAUUAC